GGAAGGGACCUCCGCUUCUGUUGCAUCUUAAGUCAAGCGGCCUGCUGCUGCUGUUGGAGCUGCAAUCAAGCGGCGCUGCUGCUGCUGGAGCUGAAGACACGCCCUUCUAUCCGCCACCCACCGCCAACCAGCCAACACGCCACCCGCCUUGUCCUCCAAUUCAACUCUUCAAGGAAGGGACCUCCACUUCUGUUGCAUCUUAAGUCAAGAGGUCUGCUGCUGCUGUUGGAGCUGCAAUCAAGCGGUGCUGCUGCUGCUGGAGCUCAAGUCAAGUCAAGCGCUGCUGCUGCUGUUGAAGCUGAAGACACGCCCCUCCAUCCUCCACCCGCCAACCGCCAACCAGCCAACCCGCCACCCGCCUUGUCCUCCAAUUCAACUCUUCAA